AUGUACACAGACUCUGAUCCCGAUUACCGAUCCACAAGGACACGAUCAGGCAUUCCACCGCCUUCUUCACGAGACUUUGAACGCGUUUCUAGUCGCGAUCAUCGAUGGGAUCGAUCCCAGCAACAACAACACCAACAACGCCGCAUGCCGACGCAUCACGAUCGACCACGACCCAUGCCCGUAGAUAUGCGCAUCAGCACAGACUUUAUACAAUGCAAGCCUGAGCAACGACUUGGUACUGAUGAUUUGGUGGCUACUAUUCGUAUCAAGACUGGUAGUGCUGCAAGUGGACUCUUUUGGGAUAUGCCAGAAUUGACGGAUCAACUCACACGUUUACGAGAACGUGUCAAGGAUGCCACAUCCGAGGCUCGUGGCAAGAGUAAUCCUUUUGAACGUAUCAACAAGUCGAUCUUUAUCAAUCGUGCUGCGACAAAGUUGGCUGCCUUGGAUGCUACCUUUGGUUUGACACGCACACAAGGCAAUGAGACAUUUACAUUUGCCGAUCUUUGUGGUGGCCCGGGUGGAUUCACAGAAUACUUGUUAUGGAGAGUGCAUAGCUGGGGAGGAUCAGCCUAUGGUUAUGGUAUCACCCUCAAAGCAUCGCCACAUGAAGAUCAACUCAAUUGGCACACGGACAAGUUUCGACCUGAUGUACCUUUGAAUUUCACCAAAGUCGAUGGUGUCGAUGGCACAGGUGAUCUCUACCAAGAUGCCAAUAUCCGAGAAUUUGGAUCCAUUGUACAACAAUACACGCGUGAUCGAGGUGUUGAUUUGGUCGUUGCUGAUGGUGGCUUUGAUUUUACGGGACGCGAAAUGCAUCAAGAACAACUGGCACGUCGUUUAAUCUUAUGCGAGAUCAUUACCAUGUUGACAUGUUUGAGACGAGGUGGCAGCUUUGUCUGCAAGUUUUUUGACAUGUCGCAACAAUUCACUGCCAACCUUGUGUGGAUCCUGUAUCAACUCUUUGACACGAUAUGCAUCACCAAACCACUUUCAAGUCGACCUGCCAACUCGGAGAGAUAUAUUGUUUGCAAGGAUCUCCUUACACAGCAACCUUCCCGAUUAAUCCAAGCUUUAUCGGAUCUCAAUCAACGUUUUGAAAAGGAAGAGAUUAGCAGCUUUAUUCCUGCAGCCAUCUUGGAAAGUGAUGAAGAAUUCGUGGACUAUAUCAAGAUGAGGAAUCUAAGAUUCGCAAGCAAGCAGAUUGAAGCUUUGGAAGCGCUGGUGCCUUAUAUCAAUGAUCCACAUCGGCCUGCUGCUCAUGAUCAGGAAUCGAUACGACGUGUCUGUCUACGAGAAUGGCGUUUACCAGAGUAG